CCAUACUUUCAAGCAAGUCUGAGAAGAGGGUGUCUUCACUUUGGAGAAACAGUGAAUUGAGGUGUCUAAACAUGAGUUGUUGCGAGAAGCUUGAAACAAUAGCAGAGCUUCCCCCUUUCCUUAAAACUUUAGAUGUCUCCUUUUCAACAUCACUGAAAAGUCUACCAAAGCUUCCUCUUUCCCUUCAAAUUCUAAAUGUUUCCUUUUGCGAGACACUUGAGAGUCUACCAGAGCUUCCCCCAUUACUUUCAACUUUAAAUGUCUCCUCAUGCUAUUCACUUCAAAUUCCAUCCAACCUUCCUUUGUCUCUUCAAAUUGUAAACCUUUGUGACUGCAGCUUAUUUCAGACUCUAGUUCACCAUAUUCGAUCCGUUAAAACAAAAGAUACCAAAAAUUCUAGAUUAGUACAUCAAACUCUAUCGAAGCUUCCCCUACCCUCAGAGGUUUCGUGUUCCUGCAAUUCAAUCAAAACUGGAGCAGUGUCUCUCGAGUCUUUCACCUCUCUCAUUGAAGAUUGUCUAUCUUCCCUGAAAUUUACGACAGAAGAAGAAUAACAUGAAAAGACAAGAAUGGUGAAAAGAUAAAUCGUGUUGUAUUUCCCUCUCAGAUACACAUACUUAAGGCUAAAUAUAUCAGAAAUGUAUGUUCAUCAUCAUACUCGUACAUGUUGCUAGCAAAAGAUCGUAUACAAAUUUCAUGAAAUUAAGAGUACUGUUACAAUUUAUUAUACUGUUCAGUUAAUUUAAUUUUUUAUCAUUUUAAUCAAAUCUCCUACUAUCACUUUGUAUG